AUGCGCCGAGUCCUCCGGCUGCUCCUCGGCUGUUUCCUCACCGAGCUGUGCGCCCGCGUGUGCCGGGCGCAGGAGCGAGCCGGGCACGGGCAGCUGGCGCAACUGGGAGGCAUGCUGGUGCUCACGGGGGGCAACCGCUCCGGGGCUGCCUCCGGAGAGGCCGGCGAGGGCGCUGGGGUCUCGGACGCACCCCCGACUCGGGCGCCCACGCCGGACUUCUGUCGGGGUUACUUCGAUGUCAUGGGCCAGUGGGACCCGCCGUUCAACUGCAGCUCGGGCGACUUCAUCUUCUGCUGCGGGACUUGUGGCUUCCGGUUCUGCUGCACGUUUAAGAAGCGGCGACUGAACCAAAGCACCUGCACCAACUACGACACGCCGCUGUGGCUCAACACUGGCAAGCCCCCGGCGCGCAAGGACGACCCCCUGCACGACCCCACCAAGGACAAGACCAACCUGAUCGUCUACAUCAUCUGCGGGGUGGUGGCUGUCAUGGUGCUCGUGGGCAUCUUCACCAAGCUGGGGCUGGAGAAAGCGCACCGGCCCCAAAGGGAGCACAUGUCCAGGGCCCUUGCGGAUGUCAUGAGGCCACAGGGCCACUGCAACCCUGACCACAUGGAGAGAGACCUUAACAUUGUGGUGCACGUCCAACACUACGAGAACACAGACACCAGGGCCCCCAUCAAUAAUCUCCAUACCACCCAGAUGAACAACGCAGUGCCCACCUCUCCUCUGCUCCAGCAGAUGGGCCAUCCGCACUCCUACCCCAACCUGGGCCAGAUCUCCAACCCCUACGAGCAGCAGCCACCGGGCAAAGAGCUCAACAAGUACGCCUCCCUAAAGGCAGUCGGAAAUUCUGAUGGUGACUGGGCAGUGGCGACGCUUACCCUUAAGUCACCAAAAGCUGACAAGGUCAAUGAUGACUUCUACUCCAAGCGACGGCACCUGGCCGAGCUGGCCGCCAAGGGGAACUUACCUCUGCACCCCGUCCGAGUGGAGGAUGAGCCCCGGGCCUUCAGCCCUGAGCACGGUCCCGCCAAGCAGAACGGACAGAAGUCCCGAGCCAACAAGAUGCCCCCCCACCCCCUGGCCUACAACUCCACCACCAACUUUAAGGGCUGGGAGCCCGGCGAGCAGUCUCUCCGGCGGCAGGCUUACAGCAACAAGGGGAAGCUGGGCACGGCCGAGACAGGGUCCAGCGACCCCCUGGGAACUCGCACGCAGCACUACCCACCCACACAGCCAUACUUCAUCACCAACAGCAAAACGGAGGUGACUGUCUGA